UUAAUUUCCCAAAACGAUUCACACUUCGAUCACCGCUGCUCUCCCCUCAGCUUCUUUCUCUCUCUCCAGUCUCUCUUCGUUUUUCUUGGAAACAAACAGGCACAGGAUUUUCCGUCUCAUCUUUCACUCUUCCUUCCCUCUCGUUGUUUUUUUUAAUCGAUAAACAGCUAUUGAUAUGGGUUUCAAUACGGUGCUUCGUUUCUUAAGUGAGAUAUUUCCUCAGGUUGAUGCACGCAUAUUGAAGGCUGUUGCUAUUGAGCACAGCAAAGAUGCUGAUGCAGCAGCAAAUGCUGUUCUCACAGAGAUUCUACCUUAUUUGACAACACAAUCAGUGACCUCUAGUUCUCCUUCUGAGAGUCAGAUUAUUUCAAGUUAUCACUCCAAGGACCAGACGGAUCCUUUUGUUUCUAGUACCCCCACCAAGGAACAAAGAAUUAGAGAUAUUUCGUAUGGUGAUGGAGAACCUGAAGAGCAAAACACUUUGUCAAGGCACAGGCGCAGACGGUUAAUUAGGCUAAGAAAUAAACACACUGGCACAUCUUCAGGUUCCAGGGCAAUUACAAGUGGAAAUGCAAUGAAUACUAAUUCUACACAUGCUCCUUACACUGAUUCAGCUAGUUUGAGCAAGUCUUUGGAUGCAUGGAUAGAUUCACUUUUUUAUGAUGCAAAUGAUGGUAGUAAUCAGUUAAUAGGAAAUAAUGAGAGUGAGGAAGUGAUACUCUUGGGCAAGACUAAAGAGAGCAGCAACGAAGUCGGGUCAAAUAAGGUUCCUGUUGUUGUGCCAAAUGCAGAGAUGAAUGGUGGUGAUAGAAUAAUUGACCCUCAUGAUGGAUGUUCUUAUAUUGGGAGUGGUGAGUCAGCUUCCUUGGACAAGGACCAAGCCAUCAAUGUUAAGGUUGGGCCUGAACUGAAGCUCUCUGCUGUGUCAACCCUUUUAAUAGAUGAAAAUGGUGUUGUCAAGGGUGAAUCAGGUUCCUUGGACGAAGGGCAAGACAUCAAUGUUGAGGUUGGGCCUGAAUUGAACACCCCUGUUAUGUCAACCCCUUUGAUAUAUGAAAAUCGUGUUGUCAAUGGAAUAUCUGAUGAUGAUGCAUCUGUUUUUGGAAUAAGUCAGCUAGAAAAAUCAUGUUUAGAGUGUUCCCUUGUAGCCAUUGAAAAGACUGAUGCUCCAUUGGCCCCUCCAUCUGUUCAAGAGGAGACAUCAGAUGAUUCAGAAUCUUUUCUCCAAUUAGAAAUUGUUACUAACACAUCCUCUACUGAUUGUAAAAAAUCAGAUGUCAGUGGAUCUUCAGAUAUUGGUGAAAAGGUUGCAACUGAGGGUGACAUGACAAUCAGCACUGUUGUUACUAGAUCUGGUCAAAUUUGCAGGAUUGAUCUCCUUGAAGAGAUCAUUGAAAAUGCCAGAAAUAAUAAGAAAACUCUUUUUUCAGCCAUGGAAUCAGUAAUGAACAUGGUGAGAGAAGUUGAAAUUCAAGAGAAAGCUGCUGAAGAGGCUAAAAUCGAAGCUUCCAAGGGAGGCUUGGAUAUUCUAACUAAGGUGGAUGAACUCAAACAUAUGCUCACAUGUGCAAAGGCAGCAAAUGACAUGCAUGGAGGAGAAAUAUAUGGAGAGAAGGCAAUUUUAGCUACUGAAGCAAGGGAGCUUCAAACUCGGCUACUCAGCUUGUCAGAAGAAAGAGAUAAAUCUCUUGCAAUUCUUGAUGAGAUGCGUGAAACUUUAGAGGGUCGACUAGCUGCAGCUAAGGAAGUGAGGAAAGCAGCUGAGGAGGAAAAGCUGCGAAAGGAAGAAUCUGCCAGACAUUCACUUGCUGAGCUAAAAGCCCUUAUGGAGAAUGUGGUCCAAGAGUCAAAGAUUCUACAGCAGGAGGCUGAGGAGAAUUCAAAGUUACGGGAGUUUCUCAUGGACCGUGGUCAUGUUGUUGAUUCGUUGCAAGGAGAAAUAUCUGUGAUUUGUCAGGAUGUGAGAUUGUUGAAGGAGAAGUUUGAUGAGCGUGUUCCAUUAAGCAAGUCUUGGUCCUCAAGCCAGACCACUUGCAUCUUAGCCUCAUCUGGCUGUUCAUCUGUUAAAAGCAUAGCAUCUCCGGCUGCUGAGCAAGAUCUAAUGUCUCAAAGAACCCUUGAUGAUCCCUCAUUUGAUGUCCAAUCAUCAAAACGUAGUUUUGAAGAUGAUCGAACUGGAGCUGCCCGUAAAGAUCUAUUGGAUGAUGAGUGGGAUUUCUUUGACAAAGAAUCAGAAUUAUAUGGCAAAGACCUGUAAAUUUGGGAUACACUGGAAUGAGGGAGCCUCUAGGUAUGCGUUAACAUUUCCUCAAUAUAUUACUUAAAUUUUAUCCCUCCCGAAAGAGCUUGCUAUUCUGUAACUAAAUAAAGGGUGGAGAUUCAAACUUUUUCUACAUUGAUCGUAAAGCGAAGCAUUUCCUAAUUUCAAUAAAGAAUUGAAACGUUCUGCCA